AUGACUUUCACCGUCCUCUCCGACGCCGACAUCAAAACCCUCCUACACAACAUUUCUCCAUCCGACGUCCAGAACCUCGCAUCAGCGCUCAAUCAAGCCCUUACCGAAUAUUCAUGUAACGAUGAAGUUCCCUACCAACCACACCGCGCGCAUGUCGCGCGACCAAACGGCCAAGUCAGCCUCUUCAUGCCCGCAACAACACCAUCAUCUAUCGGUGUGAAGAUAGUCGGUGUCGCACCAUCCCAAGCUCCUCCACCAGGAGAGAAGCCCAAGCCUGCACUCAGAAGCGUACUUACGAUAUGCGAUGACUUAGGCCAGGCGGUAGGCGUGUUGAAUGCGGCAGAGUUGACGGCGUUUAGAACAGCGCUGGGGAGUAUGCUGUUGUAUCGGUACCGCAAGAAGACCGAAAACAUCGUUGUGUUUGGAGCAGGUAAGCAGGCAGAGUGGCAUAUUCGCCUUGCUAUCCUCCUCAAAGGGAACGAUAUCCGGAAGAUCACAGUCGUCAACCGGUCAAGUGCAAGAGCGAAGGAACUACUUGAUUCACUGGCACAAUCGAAAGUCGGCGAACAUAUUAAGAUGGGGGUUUUCGAUGAGAAAGAAGAUGCGCUGGAGAGCUUGAUCACAGAAGCGGAUGUCAUGUUCUGCACAACACCCAGCACAUCUCCCCUGUUCCCGGCUUCGUACCUUACAUCGGACGCUGGCCUUGCUAAGUCUCGGUAUAUCGCUGCAAUCGGGUCUUACCGUCUAGACAUGCAAGAGAUUGAUCCAGAGCUAUUGAAGAAUCUCAGCAACCCUUCCGGUUCUUUUGCCUCCCACGUCUAUCAAACGUUAAUCACUGUUGAUAGCAUCAAAGGAUGUAUGGAUGAGGCUGGUGAGCUGGUAGCAGCAGGACUGAAGCCGGAGCAAAUGCUUGAAGUGGGAAAGGUGGAUGGGCUGAUGAAAGACGACGGGGUGCAGAAGUGGCUUGAGGAGGGGUUUGUGGUAUAUAAGAGUGUCGGCGUGGGUAUCAUGGAUAUCGCGAUUGGCAGGGCUUUGAUGGAGUUGGCCGCGGAGAAGGGGGUCGGCGUGCAUUUGGAUAGCUUUUAA